GCUCUUACUGGAAUAGUGAAAACCUUAGUUUGCGCGUCUCUCUGACCGUGGGUGGCCCGUGCGAUUGGAACUUUUUCUCGACAUGCAGCCCGCGAGCCCAGCUGCAUCCAUAGUCCUUACCCUAGCUACCUGCCUUUUUGCUGUCUACCCCAUAGCCAUUCAGGGGCAAGGUUCCCCAGUGCGCGUUGGGGCUGACUGUGAAGUAUGUAAAGAAUUUCUGGAAAGAUUCUACAGAUCCUUAAUAGCCAAAGGUGUUGACUUUUCCCAGGAAACCAUAGAAAAUGAAUUAAUGAGCAUUUGCUUAGAUGCCAAAGGAAAAGAAAAUCGUCUGUGCUAUUAUCUUGGAGCAACGAAUGAUGCAGCCACAAAGAUCCUAAGUGAAGUCACUCGUCCAAUGAGUGCCCAUGUGCCAGCAGUAAAGAUUUGUGAAAAAUUGAAGAAGAUAGACAAUCAGAUCUGCGAGCUUAAAUAUGAAAAGAAGUUGGAUUUAGAAUCAGUGGAUCUGUCAAAGAUGAGAGUAGCAGAGCUGAAAAAGAUUCUGAGCAGCUGGGGAGAAGAGUGCAAAGCAUGCAUAGAAAAAACAGACUUAGUAGAUCUCAUUAAAAAGUUGGCACCCAAGUACACUUCUACGAAUCCAAGAUCAGAACUUUGAUUGAAGUUUGAACAAAGUGGCUACAUUAGCACAUCAUCAAGACAAUGACCCUUCUGGCCUUAAAGAAUGUGAAUUAUGGGCUACAGAUGUAAGCAGGCAGUGUGUGGCACAGGCAUCAUAUUCGUUUGCCCUGUUCUCAGAAUACAUUACUUGUCUUUAUGAGUAAUGCUACUAUAUUACAUUUACUGUGAAUAUAGAUAUCACGUUCCUUCCAAAGAUUUCAAAGUGCUUUGGCUUAUUUUCUCCCUCUCACAACUUUUUUUUUUGUAAGCCUUACCUUCUGUCCUCGAACCAAUACUAUGUAUUUGGUUUGUCACAAGACAGUUUCAAAAUCUGAGCAAAGUUAAGAGUUUCACAAAUACCAAGUGUCCUUACAUUUAAAAUCCAGAUAUAAAUGUGUUUGGAUAUAUUUCAUCUCCACAAAGUAGCAGAUUUGGAGGAGCUGCUAUUAAAUUGUUUUCCCCAGCUAAUUUUGUUACAUUUCUUAAUCUGUUUGUCAAAUCAAAGAGGCCUACCACAGCGAAAUGAAAAUAAAUGUCUAGGUUGGAUACAUGUAACAAGAUUGGGAAAAAUGAAUCAAUAUUUGUCUUAUUCACAGAACCAUAUCCUUUGUUUUUUGUUCUUCACGGUCACUAUUUAGAUAUAUUUUUUCAGAUCCACAGCAUUGUCUUGGUAAUUCAUUGUGUCUUGGUAAUUCAAUGAUUUAAAAAUACAAAUGAUG